AUUUAUUUCACAUUACUCUCGCCGUCCGAUUCCGAUCAACAAAACACGACGGAGCAAAAAUGGAGAACUCGAUCCCGACUGAUCUCAUCAUCGAGAUAGUUUCGAGAUUGCCAGCAAAAUCAGCAGCGAGGUGUCGCUGCGUGUCGAAGCCAUGGAGAUCCAUCCUCCGCCGUCAGGGAUUCACCGACUUGUUUCUAACCAGGUCCAAAGCUUAUCCACGACUCUUACUUGCGGUUAGACAAGACGGUGAGUGGAGCUUUUACUCAACUCCUCAGCCUCAGAAUCCAUCUGAGAAGUCUUCUCUUGUAGUAUCCGCCGCUGAUUUUCAUAUCAAGUUCUCUAAAGGAACAAGCGGGUACAAUUGUAGCUAUGCCUCUGGAUUGAUCUAUUUCCAUAAGAUGUGUAUCCCAAGGGAAGAUGAAGAUCUAAAGCGUGUGAUAUGUAACCCUCUCACAGGUCAGUAUGUGAUCUUACCUGAACUACCACCUGAACUUAGAGGUGGUUCGUAUAGCUAUCUAGGGUUUGAUCCGGUUAACAAGGAAUUCAAGGUAUUGUUCAUGUCUACUUGUAUGUAUAUAGCUGAUAAUGAUACAGAUCAUUAUAUCUUGACACUGGGAGCUGAGGAAUUGAGGUGGAGGGAGAUCAAGUGUCCUUUUACACAUGAGCCUUUUUGGGAAAGGAUUUGCAUCGAUGGUGUUUUGUAUUACUCAGCUCAACAUGGUAUAUACGAUGUGAUAGUUUGCUUUGAUGUUAGGUCUGAGACAUUCAAGUUCGUAGGUGCAGAAAGCCGUUUUGAUCAAUUGAUAAACUAUAAGGGGAAGUUAGGUGGGAUUAAGUUGGAGUGUGAACGUAUGUUUGGACCUGUUGAGUUGCAUAUGCGUGUUCUAGAGGAUGUUGAGAAACAGGAAUGGUCGAAGUAUGACUACACUUUGAGUGCUGAGAUUGAUGUCUUUAAUGUUAAAGAGUACCUCUCUGUUCAUGGGGUAACCGCUACAGGUGACAUUGUUUUGUUGAUGAAAUCUGCACCUGCACGUGCACUGUUUAAUGCUUUCUACUUCAAUCCGGAAAGGAAAACUUUCCAAAGUGUUGAAAUCCAAGGUGUUGGAGUUGAUCGUGAUUGCAAAUUACAGGCCUUUGUAGACUAUGUGGAGGAUCUUAGUAUUAAUGAUGAUGCAAUGCAACUCAAGUCAAGCACUUUUUAAACUAUGCCGAAGUAUGGUUCCCGAGAUGCCAGAACCACGAUGACGUCGCCAUACAUCUCCUGGCCUAUCCAAGUCUUCUCAGUCUGUGAAGAAGAAGGAGCAGAUCAAGUAUGGAUUAUCAUCAGCUAACUUGCUCUAUCACUUUGUUGGCUUAGCUAUUUUAUUUUUUGUUCUAUGUAGUUUGUUUUUCGUUUAAUUCUAGUUCUAUCAUCAUUUUGCUGGCUUAGCUAAAUUUGUCACAUGAACGCCUAAUCGGUAGUGUUUGUUUUAAAGGUGCAUUAGUAGACUAGUCUGUGCUGCAUUGUAGUAUCCCUAAAUCAAACUCCAUAAGCAUUGUAUUCUUUAUAUGACCAUAUCACAAUGUUUAAGGUUAUAAUCAA